AUGGCGGCGACGGAAAACGAGGAGGCCAUCAUCCGCAAGCGCUACCUCACGCAGACCGUGCCCACGGCCGCCAACGCGCUGCCGCCCUUCAAGAAGCUGGUGAAGAGGCGACUAUGCCAGGCGAUGGAGGCGGGCGGCAGCCUGGAGGAGGCGGAGCGGCUGUACCCGGAGCUGUUGGCGGACCUGUAUGCCAUCCGCUUCCACAUGCAGAAGCUGGCGGCGCAGGGCGGCGCCUUCCAGGCCGAGCAGCAGCUGUACGCGGAGAAGCAGGCGCAGCUGCAGGCCUCCAUCCAGCAGGCGGAGCAGGACAUUGAGGAUCGCAAGCGAGAGCUGGUGGAGGCGCGGGUGGAGCUUGCGCACAAGCAGGAGUACGAGGUCCCCGCCCGGUCCACCACCCUGGCGGAGCAGGCGGCCACCCAGCGGGAGAUUGCCGACCUGCAGCAGCAGAGCGCGGCGCUGGACGGCCUGCUGCAGCAGCGCAAGCAGCAGUUUGCGGGGGUGCUGGCCUCGCUGGAGGCGCUGCAGCGCUGCAUCGAGCGCGAGGAGCCCGAGGAGAGCGUGGUGGCGAUAGGAGAGGGCGGGGCGCCGCCGCCGCCGCCGCCGCCGCCGGCCGCAGCCGCCGCCGCGCAGCAGCAGCAGCAGCCCAUGCAGGUUGGGUGA